GGUUGAGUAAGGUCCGACAUCCAAAACAAAUAUAUAUAGCUAUAGUUGCGUGAAGAAAAUGCCGACAGAAUCUUCAAGUUCUCGAAGUGUCAAACCACUGGCAGUGUCAUAUAAGAUCGCAGCAUGCCGUAAAGCUGUUGGCCCAGGCUACAAAUGUGCAGUCAAAUUAAGCAAAACAGCACACACCAAAAACCUCAUAGAGAGGAUGCCUCCUGAGAUCCUAAUUAAGAUUAUUUCAUACCUGGAUGCCUCCUCUCUCUUCUGCAUUGGGCAUGUCAACAAACUGUUCCUUCAGCUGGCCAACAACAACUCUACGUGGCACAAAAUGUACCUGUCCGAGUACAGUGUGAGUAAGAAAGGGAAGGCCAAGCCCAAGGAUGUGGCAGUGAAGAGGCCGAGUUGUGUGGAAGUCCAGGAGAGGCCUGUUGGUUACUGGAGGAGGCUGUACUUCAGGACCAAGGCUGGGUACAACGAGAGCAUGUGGAAGAGAGACCUCCGGAACAUCAACCCUUACACAGGGCUUCCCAGGCAGACGGAGAGAGUCCUCAGGAACUUACGUGUUACCUGGGAGAUAACGGCGUUAGGUAAGUCGGGGUGGGAGGGUACAUUUGAGCACAGCCACGCCCACUUCUCCGAGUUGGCAGUGACGGUGUGCUGGAGCGGCAGCAGCUGGCCCUCCCUUCAACAUCUGUCACACCUGCAGCUCCACGGGGUCAUGAGGGUGCCACUCAACUGCCCCAACUUCAUCAAACCAGGGUGGCGAUCACAAAUGGCCCAGUAUGACAUGGGCACCCUCUCCAAGAGCGGGCAGGUCAUUGACACCGACCGGAUGGUCGACCUGCUGUGCCUAGCCCCAGGCGUCAUCAUGGGCAUGUGGAAGGACAGGGGGUCUGUUGCCUUUGUCAUGGUCUGUCUGCACUUUAACCGGCUGGUGGAGAGGAGUCUCCUGAGCACCUCUGUGAGCCCCCAAACCGCCCUGUUUGACGAUGUGGACCCCAACUAUGGUCUCCAUGGUUAUACUUUACACAUUGUGCUCCACAACGCAGAGGCUACGCUCAUGUCUGACCGCUUCUCACAACUCUCCUGCCAGAAAGAUCAGAUCAGAAAUGGACACAUUCAUCUGAGUGCCAUCAGGAGGGGGCGUCGGUCCCAGCAUCGCCCGCUGGUGAACAAGCCCACGCUGCCCUGGAUGUGUGAGGCCCUGCAGGGUAGUGUGGAGAACUGCUGUGUGAUGAGUCUCACUCUACUGGACGAGUCCCACAAGCCCUUCUGGUGUGUAAGCACUCCCGUUUCCCUAGCACCAUCCAAUAAGCAGCUGGUGUCCUAUGACUAUGAGGGCAAUCACUUCCUGAUCCAGUACCAGGAAGCUGAGGGCAAGGUGAGGAUGGAGCUAGUGUGGCUGGAGGAGCAGGGACACUUCCUGCUUGUCAGCCUCCUUGUCUCUGUCGCACUGGACAAAGUCAACAAGCACUUUGGCAGACACUAUUCUUGUUGACAUUGCUCUGCUGGACUGGACAAAGAGGGAUUGGAGUUGGUGGAGAAAAAAGGAGGAAGAGGAAGAACAGAAGCAGGAGAGAAGAAGCAAGAGGAGAACAAUAGUUUUUUGUUGGUUUGACGAGGGGUG